AUGGAGAACUUCACUGAUGACGAAGUUAUGAUGAUGGCUAUUGCAUUUGAAGACGAAGAGGAAGAUGAGGAUCAAACUCCCCCUGCUAAAAAAAAGAAAUGGGUUCAUGAAGCUUGGACGAAACGUGAAACGGAGGGAGAAUUUGCUACACUUUUCAAAGAGUUAGUAGCCGAUGGAAAAAAAAUCCACGAAUACUUCAAGAUGUCACAACACCACUUUGAGUUACUUCUACGCAAACUAGAUGUUUAUCUAAAAAAGGAAGAUACCAAAUUUCGGCUGGCGAUUACCCCUCGAGAAAGAUUAGCAGUUUGUUUGAGGUACCUUGCAACAGGUGACUCAAUGACAACAAUAUCAUUCAGUUAUCGCCUGAGGAAGACUACAGUUCAUGAAAUUGUGCAUGAGACCUGUACAAUAAUAGUUGAUAAACUUUUAAAAGAAGCUAUAACACAGCCUACUGAAGAAAUAUGGAAAGAUAUAGCGAAACAAUUUUUCGAACGGUGGAACUUUCCAAAUUGCUUGGGUGCUCCCGAUGGGAAGCACAUUUUUAUCAAAAAGCCUCCUAAUAGUGGUACAGAAUUUUAUAACUAUAAAGGUAGAUUCUCAAUAGUGUUGUUAGCUUUAGUAGACGCAAAAUGCAACUUCUUGGCAGUGGACGUUGGGGCCAAAGGAAGAGAUAGAGAUGGCGGGAUUUUCGCAAAUUCUAAUUUAGGACAUGCACUAGAAAACAACAAUCUGUCAGUGCCAUCAGAUUCUAUCUUACCUGGGACUGAUACUGUAGCACCUUAUGUGAUUGUUGGAGACGAGGCGUUCCCGUUGAAAACAUAUCUUAUGAGACCAUAUUCAGGACAAGAUCUGAACAAUCAAAAACGGAUUUUCAACUAUCGGUUGAGUCGCGCCAGGAGAACAUCCGAAAAUGCUUUUGUUAUCCUAACACAGAAGUUUAGAAUUUUCAAUCGACGAAUCGAGUUGGACCCUGAAUAUGCAGAUAAAAUCGUGCUUGCCACAUGCAUACUGCACAAUUUUAUUCGUAAGUAUGAUGGCAUGCAAGAUGUGGACAGUGGAGAAGGGCCAUCACAUCAGCAUCAUUUAGAGCUCGCACAGUUAUCUAAACGAGGUGGAAAAUCGUCAAAAUCUGCUUUCCAAGUGCGAGAAAUCUAUAAGAAUUACUUCAAUUCCGAGGCUGGAGCAGUACCAUGGCAAAAUGAAUCAAUAAACAACUUAUAG